UUUCUUGCUGCUUAUGCUGCCGAGUGCUGCUAACCAUAGAGAAGGUGUGUUGUGUUGUGAAUGAAAACGACGUGAUUAGCGAAGUGCUACAUCAGAACGGGUGCAAAAGCGACACAAAACGUCGAGUUGCAUCGGGAAAAGAGUGCUUUCCUAAAAUAAAGUAGGCGGUGCAGUAGGUUGCAAUCGUAGUUUUCCCAAGUCGCGAGGCAACUGCUUGGUGAAAAGUUGGGAAUCAAGACGAAGAACAGAGCAAAAGGGAAAACCAAAUAAGGAAAGGGUUCAACUCGGCGAAGAAGCGAACCACCAUCCAACAAAGGAGAAAAGUUUCUACCACUUGGUGGUGAGGAAUUUUAAGCCGAUUGCUGCUGUUCGGUGGGUUCUUUAGCCAUUAGCAGUGUAGCAGCACCACCAGCAGUCGAAGCAGUGAAGUACGAAGUUUUCUUCAAGUGCAAAGGCGGAAAUCAAUUUGCAAUUGUAGGCCACGAAAGAACUUGAAGGGAACCGACCAACAUGCCUGGAAGUGGUCCCGUGUAUCAGCCGACGACGGUGUCGUACGAAACCCGUCCGGGAACGGGUGCCGCCGGAGGGCUGCUGGCCCAGACCACGGCCGCCUCGUCGAUGAAGAUGCUUCGCAAACCGGCCGCACAGAUGUCGGUGCUGAUUUUCGGGCUCAUAUCGCUGGCCGCUGGUGUCGCCAUGAUUGCCAGCGGUUCAGCGGACUACUCCGACACCGAACAGCACCCCGAGGCGCAUCCUGACGGAGGCAGCAUUCCGGAGGAAGAACUCGACAUUGGGCUCAUAGUGGCCGGCGUAUUCAUCACCAUCCUGGGAUUUGUUCUUCUCGGCCUCUACAUCAAGGUUGCCGACUGGCGCCGCCAUUGCGUCUGCCCGUGUGCCCUCUCCAAGAAGCAAGGCCUGGCCCGUCAGCUGCAGGGCAACAGCGGCGGUCAGAUUCUGGCGCUGAACCCCAGCACCGAUCCGUUGGUGUCGCACACGCAGUACGCGCCGGUUUCGGAAAUUCCGACGCGCCAGGAGGACGAAGAACGACGGAACCUGAUGCCGGACAACAAGGACUCGUGCCUCAGCAGUGCCGAGGAAUCCGACCGGAUGCUGGAUCCCGACCCCAGGAUCGUUCUCCGACCGAUCGGCGGCACCGUAGAGGAUGCCUAGGGUCAAGAGACCGGGGACGAUGACGAUGACGAUGACGAUUGGUAAGCAGGGGAACGAACGGGGAUCGCGGCUGACUAUUGUUGAUUUACGUUCGUGAUAUUUUGCAUCUCCGGAACGAAGGCAAGCUUGAAGCUUCUCUCUCUUGUAGCGUGCUUACAUUUGAAUUUGAUCGUCUCUCAUUGGACUUGCGACUUACAGGAAAACACACAAAACACAAACAAACACAUUUUGCGCUGAGAUGAGAUUAAUUUGGUUUGAAACGGGAACGAAUUGAGAAAUCGAGGACAGCAGCUAAGAACAGGAAUGUCAGGACGUUUUUAAACACUUGACGACAAAGCGCGAAACACACAUACACAAAUAUGUAUCCAUGAACGAAUCGAAACAGAGGUUAGUGACGAAUGACGGAAGGAGUUUCGCUCUUCCUUUUGUGAGAGCGAUCUAUGGGACGGAAAGAGCGAUCGAGUGUGCGAGGCUCCAGACAUGUUGGAUCUGACAAAGUAUUUUGUACAACUUUUUUUAUUCUACUAUUUUAACGAUUGCUUACAUUCUCCACUUUUAUUGCAAAACACGCGUCUCUCUAGCUAUACAUCACUGAAUUUGGUUUAGAACUUACAGGCACUAGAGAAGCUGCAGUUUUAGACAAAAUAUUUUUACUUCUCUUGUAGCAGUGCGUUUUAGUCGAUUUUAUAAGAGAUACGUAAGAAGAUUCUCAUUCCGUCCAGCUUGUACUUAUUCUUUGAGGUUAGAUCCAGUUUUAACUAUAGAUUGAGCUACUGUAUUUAUUUCAGUAUUCCAUCCACCGUAUUUAAGCUAACUUUACACUGUUUGAGAAAUUGUAGCUUCUCGCCGAUUGCCCCCUAACAUAUAUUUAAACUACUUUUUAGACUAUUUUGUUAGUUUAGUAAAACUAAACGCAUUUACUUUAAACGUAGUUAUUUUUUUAGCCAAGCCCACGUGCAUUAAAGUAGAAGUACUUAAUUUUGUUUUGCAUUUAUCAUACUUUUAUUCGUUCCACGGUACAAAAUGAAAAUGUGCAAUUAGAUGUUUUACGUUCGACACGAUCACACUCACUUCAAUCAUCGAAAUUCAUUACACGAGGGAAAAAAAAUCCAAAUUUAGUCUGCGCGCGAGUGCAAAUCAUUUGAAACAAUUCGGUACCUGGUCCAUGUUUCCAUACCCUUUCCGUAUCUAUUGUUUAUGUACUUGUUUACAUAUCUCUCAAGAAGAAGAAAACAUUCGAAUAAUAAUUAGUAUUCUAAGGCUAAGUAUUGCACGUUAAAGUUGGCAUCGAAAACUGGGAUAAAUUAUUGAAAGGUCUUAGCGGAUAGUUGAACUUUGACGAUCAGAACCGAUCGAAACUAUUUGAACACAUGCACCGAAAAAGUCGAGGUUAUAAGUGAAAAAGAAAACUGUAGAAAAGAAAAACUAUUGGUAAUAAAAUUUAAUGGAAAA